UCCACACUCAAAAACAAAUGCCCAUUUUUCACACAUUCUCAUCUGUGUUUGCCAAAUAUUCCUUAAGUGAGUGAAAUUUCCCCGACAGCCCACAAUUUAUAUGUCUUGAAACUCUCAUUUCUAAGAAAUUGGGUUUUAAGGCAGCUAAAGGGUGUAAGCAUUUACACAUACAAAAAAUCAGCUCACCAAAUCGAACCAAUUGGGCCAAACCAUGCACGCCAAGAAACGCCUCGGCUUAUGCCUUAUAAUACUUUGCAACUAACACAGUCUCCAAUACAAAAUUAGUUCAUAUUCCAUUCCGUUGUGUUUCUUUUUUUUUUUCUCAUCCCUAAAGCAUGAACAACGUUACCACUACUAUGAGUUCCGAUGAAGGUGUCGCCGGGAACUUUGUUUCCCGGCGGUUGUUUUUCUUACAAUAUCUCCAUGUUUUGGAGUUUGUUGUUGCUGUUUUGGUCUUUGUUGUUAUCAAUUCGUUGAGGCAAAGACGACGUUAUGGACUGCCUGUAUGGCCAUUUCUCGGCAUGGUACCGUCGUUGGUGUCCGGUCUUCGGUCCGAUUUGUACGAGUGGAUUUCGGACAUACUUUGUGAACAAAAUGGGACGUUCAGGUUCAAAGGUCCAUGGUUUAGUAGUCUCAAUUGUGUGGUUACGGCUGAUCCUAGGAACCUUGAGCAUCUUCUUAAGUCCAAAUUCUCUGUUUUCCCUAAAGGGCCUUAUUUUCGUGACACCGUUCGAGAUCUUCUCGGUGACGGGAUAUUCAACGCCGACGACGAGACGUGGCAACGUCAAAGGAAAACGGCGAGCAUCGAGUUCCAUUCGGCGAAGUUUCGGCAAUUAACGACCGAGUCAUUGUUGGAACUCGUCCAUGCAAGGCUAUUGCCCGUGUUGGAAAAUGCAGUGAACCAAUCAAUCUCCAUUGAUCUUCAAGAUGUUCUUUUGAGAUUAACGUUCGAUAACGUUUGCAUGAUCGCCUUCGGCGUCGAUCCCGGGUGUCUCCGUCUCGGAUUACCGGAAAUACCGUUCGCCAAAGCGUUCGAAGACGCGACCGAGGCGACGUUGCUGCGGUUUGUCACCCCAACAUGCGUAUGGAAAACCAUGAGAUGCCUUGAUUUAGGCACUGAAAAGAAGCUGAAAAAGUCGAUAAAGGGCGUGGAUGAAUUCGCUGAAGAAGUUAUUAGGACAAGGAAAAAGGAACUGUCAUUACAAACCGAAGACAAAAAGCAGAGAUCAGAUUUGUUAACAGUGUUUAUGAGAUUGAAAGAUGAACAAGGGAAGCCAUUUUCCGACAAGUUCCUGCGUGAUAUUUGUGUUAACUUUAUACUUGCCGGAAGAGAUACGUCUUCAGUGGCGUUGAGCUGGUUUUUCUGGUUGCUUGAAAAGAACCCCGUGGUGGAGCAGAAAAUUCUUGCAGAGAUAUGUAAGAUUGUUAAUGAAAGAGACGAUAUGAAAAACGGCGCCGAUUUGAAGAGUCCAUUGAUAUUUAGACCAGAGGAGAUCAAGAAGAUGGAUUAUUUACAAGCUUCAUUAUCAGAGGCUCUAAGAUUGUACCCUUCUGUCCCUGUGGAUCACAAGGAGGUUGUUGAAGAUGAUACAUUUCCAGAUGGAACAUUGCUGAAGAAAGGGACAAAAGUUAUUUAUGCAAUCUAUGCAAUGGGGAGAAUGGAAGCCAUAUGGGGAAAAGACUGUAGGGAAUAUAAACCGGAGAGAUGGCUACGAGACGGCCGGUACAUGAGCGAAUCGGCUUACAAAUUCACCGCCUUCAACGGCGGUCCACGGCUGUGUUUAGGGAAAGAUUUUGCUUAUUAUCAAAUGAAGUUCGUGGCGGCCUCGAUCUUGUAUCGGUAUCGGGUGGAGGUGGUAAAAGGUCAUGUGGUUGUACCAAAGCUUGCCUUGACAAUGUACAUGAAGCAUGGGCUCAAAGUGAACUUAAUCAAGCGCCAUGAAUCAGAGCUUCAAGUUUACCUAAAGAACAAUGUUUGAUGAGAUGUCUCGGAUUUAAACCUUAUGUUAAUAGUUAUGUUUUCCUUAUUUUCAUUCACAUGGUAUUGGACCAUAUUGAUGAAGUAAGAACAAAAGAGAGAAGAUUUGUAUCAUUUAGAGUGGCAUUUGGAUAUGUUUAGGAUGAUAGAAUAAUGGGUUUUGCUUUCUUUUUUUAAUUUGGAUGUUUUAUCAUUUGGUUAUUAUUGAUCUAUGUUAAUAAAGCUAUUGUUUGAA